UCGAUUCUCCACUACCUGUCUUGAGUUUAUACUACCCUUCACCUGCGUACUGAAUAAUGGGCUCAUUGAUCCUUUGAGCCAAUCGUUUUUUGUGCUAUUUCAAAACAGAAAUAUAUUUGCGUAGUUACAAAUUAGGUCGGGUCGCAAGAAAUGACCCGUUAACCAGAGGUAAACUGCAAGUUACUUCCUUGUUAGUUAACUAGCAGUGGGCCGGGUGGUUAUUUUAUCACCGACUGUCAAGAUAUCGAGGAAAGUUGAUCUGGGGCACCAUGGCGGUUUUAUUAAUUAUAAUAAGAUUAUUUGCAUCAAUUGCAGUUUCAGCAACAAUGGGUACAACAACAGCAACGUCGAAUACAACCACAACAAUGGAUACAACAACAACAGCGUCGAAUAUAACCACAACAAUGGGUGUAACAACAGCAGCGUCGAAUACAACCACAACAAUGGGUGCAACAACAACAGCGUCGAAUACAACCACAACAAUGAGUACAACAACAACUGCAGCAUCUGCAACAGCAAUUACAACGACAGGUAUCAUACUUAUCAGUGUACUUGGUAGCUAUGGGGUUGUGAUCCUUAUAUCGGGUAUCAUCAUGGUGGCUUGCUGCCAAAAGCGACGAGGGCACCAACUAGAAGGGGCAGGAACAAGACGUUUUGACGCGGACGCUUGGUUGGAAAGAAAGCUUCGAGGUUUAUCCGUGAAAAGUCAAAGAUCUCUUGCUGCAGCAGAUGACAACGGCCCGGAGCACGUGACAUUUGGGAAACAAAAGAAGCAGGGGUCAGAUCUUGGAGAGGAAAACAUAGGCGGCGCCACGGUUGAGAACUUCCGUAUGUCUUACGUUCCAUUAAGUGACGAGACAAAGAGUCCUGGUAAGCCCGAAAAAGGUCAAUAUUACAAAUCGUUAUUAUGUCCAAAGCCCGAGGCAGGUUUUCGGAACGAAGCCUACGAGGACGUAGAUAUAAUUGGGGCACCGCCUGCUCGAGGAGAGGGAAAUGAAGGGAUAGAAAAAGAAAUUAAGACAGACAAAACAAAUGCUUCCAUCAAAAUCAAUCAAGGCCGUGACUCGCCCAUUUUGGAAAAUGGUAAAGAGUCAAAAGACAGUGAAACAUCCAAUGUAGACAAUAUAGACCAGUUAUAUGCUCAUCCGGUUAAGAAGUCAAAAUCCAAGAAACUUCACGAAUCGCCCAUGGAUGAUCCAUCCCACACGACCGUAGAAGACAGACAUGCAGAGACAAGAGAACAAGCAUACGAGAAUACUGAAUUAGGCGUAAUGAACCCCAGCCCUGGGAGAAAUGAGGACGACACACGAGAGAAAAACCCAACCGCAGGCAACGGUUCAAAACCAGAACCGGAAAUGGACGAAGCACCAGAAGAAGUGAUCAUGCAAGAGAACGAUCUGUAUGAAAUGACAGUGGUUGAAAACGGUAAAUGAUCUUCUGUGUGGCAUUUGUUAUUACACACAAAGUGGUGAAGAGGCAUGCAAGAAGCAUAUUUCUAUUUAGGUUUCAUCCCAUUGAUAUUUUACGUGACAUUGAACCCUUAAUUAUUAUAUGUCAGUCUUGUCAAUCGAUUUUAUUCAUUUAUUCAUUUAUCUUUUAUUAUUAUAUUACAUUGUUAUUAUUAAC